AUGGUAUUUUCUUUAAAACGAACAUUGGGAGAAACAUUAUUUAUUAUAUACGGCAUUGUGCUGAUUAUUCUUAUCCUUCUAUCAGCAUUUACAUUUUUUCUUUUAAAUCUGUGUUUGGCAACAUUUAUGAUUUGGUUUAUAAUAACCACACUCGCAUGGGCAUUAGCGAUAAUUCCUAUUUUAAAAUUUAUAUUCUUACCUUGGUAUCGUAAAAAAUGUCGUUCAUGGACAAUCAAUGAGCGACAAAGUCGUUUAAGUGUUGCUUUUUUUCAUCCUUACUGUAAUGAUGGAGGUGGUGGUGAACGAGUUUUAUGGACUGCUAUUGAAUCGAUUCUUAAAAAAUAUAAAAAUGAUAUUCAAAUAAUUAUUUAUACAGGUGAUACAGAUGCAACACCGGAGAAAAUUCUCGAUCGUGUUAAAGAACGCUUUGAUAUGAAUAUAAAAAGUUAUGAAUCGUCAAUAACAUUUGUUUACCUUCGAACUCGUUUUUUUGUCGAAGCAAAAUAUUAUAAAAUGUUUACGUUAUUAGGACAAAGUGUUGGUUCAAUGAUUUUAGGUUUAGAAGCAUUAAUACGUUUUAUACCUGAUAUUUAUAUUGAUUCAAUGGGUUAUUCAUUUACAUAUCCAAUAUUUUAUUAUUUAGCAUCGAUACCAAUUUUUGCCUAUGUACAUUAUCCAACAAUAAGUACAGAUAUGCUUGAACAAGUGAAAGAACGUCGACCAACUUACAAUAAUCGUCGGUUAAUAGCUAAUAGUUCAAAUGUUAGUCAAAUAAAAUUAAUCUAUUAUCGAAUAUUUGCAUAUCUUUAUGGUUGGUGUGGUCGAUGUGCUCAAAUGGCAUAUUGUAAUUCAACAUGGACACAAGGACAUGUUCAACAUAUAUGGAAAUUACCAUUGAAUUCAAUUCAUCUUGUUUAUCCACCGUGUGAUGUUAAAAAAUUUUUAUUAAUGCCAUUAGUUAAUGAUGACGAACAAAUAAUGAAAACAAUUGUAUCUAUUGGACAAUUUCGACCAGAAAAGGAUCAUGAAUUACAAAUUCGAUCUUUUCAUGAACUUUUACAAAGACUACCUGAACAUCGUCAAAAAUUACGAUUAGUAUUGAUUGGCAGUGCAAGACAUGAAGAUGAUAAACAACGUGUUGAAAAAUUGCGAACACUUGUUGAGAAUUUAAAUAUGAAUGAAGAAGUCGAAUUUAAACUAAAUAUUAAUUUUUCGGAACUUAAAAAUCAUCUAAAUAAAGCAAUGAUUGGAUUACAUACAAUGUGGAAUGAACAUUUUGGAAUAGGUAUUGUAGAAAUGAUGGCUGCUGGUACUAUUGUUCUUGCACAUAAAUCUGGUGGUCCAAAAAUGGAUAUUAUUGAUGAAGGUCAAACUGGUUUUCUUGCUUCUGAUAUUGAUUCGUAUGCAACUGCGAUGCGUCUAAUAUUAGAAAUGACAAUUGAAGAGAGAAAAAAAAUACGUGAACGUGCACGUGAAAGUGUUGAUCGAUUUAGUACAAUGAGUUUUGAAAAAAAAUUUAUGGAACCACUUAAUAAAAUUUUAUCGAAGUGA